AUGACUUGCGGUACUGUCGCUACCACUUUCAACGGUGAGAUUUCCUCACAACGCCUGCGUCCUUAUACUGCGGCUUUCGCUGUGGGUAUCACUUGUGUUCUGGGCGUCAUUAUGGACGUUUUGGUGCCCUUCAUGGUCAACGCAAACCAGUGGAAUUGGGGCUUAAAGACUGGUUGGUUCUACGCCGGAAUUGGCUUUCCUGCCAUGAUCGGCAUGUGGCUGCUGAUUCCCGAAUCCAAGGGACGGUCUACCGCCGAGCUUGACGAGCUGUUUGAGAGAAAGAUUAAGCCUUGGAGAUUCUCUCAAACAGAGACUGCUACCGAGCGUCUGGUCAAGAACAGAGAGUAG